CACCGUCCCGUUCGCUGUACAGAUCAUACUGAAUCCAACAGUGUUCUAGAACAGUCACAGCUAGUUCUCAACGUUGUGUUUUAUUUUUCAACAGUGUUUUAUUACUACUCACCACUCAAUCCAAAAAUGGCGUUCAUACAGUGCACACUCGCUGCUCUCCUGUUGCACGUGGCUUGCGGAAGCUACUUGGCUCACCGUGCUUACCACGGCGCUGCACCCGCUGCGAUCGGUUACCACCACGGCGCCGCACCUGCUGGUUACCUUCACCACGGUUAUGAAGAUGUACCAUCCUACGACUACGCUGCAUAUCCGGCUUACUCGUCUGCCAGCACCUACCAAGCCGACUACCCCAGCUACUCCUCGAAACCCGUUGACUACUACUCGCCACCCAAGUACUCAUUCAACUACGGCGUGAAGGACUACCACACCGGCGAUGUCAAGGACCAAUGGGAAGAGAGGGACGGUGAUGUUGUCAAGGGUGAAUACAGCUUGGUCGAACCUGACGGCACCACACGCAAAGUCACGUACACCGCCGAUGACCACAACGGUUUCAACGCAGUCGUACACAAGUCUGGCACUGCCCAUCACCCGACCCACGUCGCCCACGCACCAGUCUACCACCACGCUUACCGUCGUUAAGACCAAUUUAUACACGCAAAUUGACCAAACAUAUUAAACCGUCGUUACCAUACUUUUAUAUUAUUAGGUAUUAAUUUUUAAGCAUACGUUUCGUUUCGUACAACGUUAAUAUACAGUAUAUUAUAUAUAUAUAGCAUACGAUGUAAUAAUAGUUUUUUUAUCAAAUCAAAAAAAUAUAAAUGACACAGAUGUCAAUAAGAGGUAUCUAUAUACUAUAUUCAUUUUUUUCUUUCGUUUCGUACACGGUAUCUCUUACGCGCGGUACAAUGAGUACGAAAAUCUUAGUUCAUUCUUAUAUCUCACGCUAUAUACUAUAUCGAGUCUUUUGGCAUCAACUUUACAAAACAAGUAUCCCGAUUCUUUUUGUCUCCGUUCGUUACUUUUCGCUGAAAUAUACAUAACUCCAGUAUAAUUAUUAUUAUACAUUUUUUACGCGCAAGAAAUCGAGUGAACUAUAUUUAUAUAUUAUACGGUCCUUAUUGCUUCGUCAAUGAUCUCUUUUCGAUAUAAUUAUUACACUAUAACCGGAAUGUCCCGACGUACCUACUAUAGGUCGUGCUCUUAAUAUAAUAUAUUGUUUCGUAAUUGUUAUGAUACAUAUUAUAAUAUACGUUUAGAAUGAGGAAAUUUUUUUUAACUUUAAAAUCAUUUUUCAUUUGUUUUUUUACACGGUGUUUUUUUAUUAUUAAUUGUCUACUAUUUUAUUAUGUAUUCAAAUUUAUUAUUAUUAAUUUUUACACGCUUUCAAGAAUUGUAUACCAAAUCUUGGGUAUAAUAUUUCUCGAUUGUAAAAAACGUUGUAGAAACAUACUUGAAAUAUUUUUGUAUACUUUUUACUUGACCAUUUAUUGUACUCUGUUUUGUAUAUACAUUUUAUUAUUGCUCAUAAUAUAUCUAAUAAAACAUUUAUAUUUACA